AUGGGUAUUGAAAAUGCACAUCUGGAACGUAGUUACAUUUGUGAGGCUGUGACAAACUGGUACUUUUGGACAGUCUUACUGAUUAUCGAUAGCACUGCAUCCAACACAUUUGUCUCGAUCGUCAUCAAAGGUAUGGGCUUCGACAAAUUCCUGGCUCUCGUGCUCUAUUUUCCCUUAGGAGCUAUGUCAAUCAUGACCGCUGUAAGACCCGGGCACCUGGGUCGCAAGAUUCCCAAAUCCCGUCAUCAUAUCUAUACCGCCGCCUGUGUACUUGUAAUUUUCAAAUGCUGCCUUCUAUGGAAGCUGCCAAGCUCCAAUACCGGUGGUAGCCUUGUCGGCGUCUACCUUGUUACCUUCUUCGGUUUAUGUUACGUCCAGGUCAUUGCCCUCGGCAAUAGCAACUUUGCCUGCUAUACCAAAAAGUCAGUAUAUGCUGCUGGUGUGUUUAUGACCUACCGUGUAGGAUAUAUAAUAGGCCCACUGCUUUUCGGUACGUGGACAGAAGUUCAAUCUGUUGCUACUCAAAUACAAUGUCUUACUUUCAUCAGAAAAUUUGGACUACGAUACGGCCAGGCCUUCACCAGCGUUAUGGUUUGCUUUGCUGUUGCCGUUGUUAUCUGCGAAACUACCCGCUUCAUGCUUCAAUGCGAGAAUACCAGAAGGGAUAGAGAGUACGGGCUUUCGAGAGAAAGCCACGGUCUGAAGAUGUGA